UUUAAUCUUUCUUUUUUUAGUAGAAUAGAAAGGGUAGUUUUGUGCCUAAUUGCAAGCGGAAGAUAUAUCGUCAUCGCGUGCGGAAGUUAUGUCCCGUAAUUCACAAUCUUGCGUUGUUUAUUCAAUUGUUUCCAGUUUAUAAACUCAGUUGAAUAAACUUGACUGUUAAUUGCGUUCGUAAACGGACGGAAAGAUUACUUGAAAAAAUAAUCUGAUGGGAAAGUUGUUCAGAAAUAAGAGAUGAACUUUUCUUUAUCGGACUCGACCUAUGACCACAAACAAAAUGGUUGCAGUUCACAUGUUGCUCAUGAACUAUUUCCUGUUGGGACUCACGUCCAACAGACCACACUUGCACCAAGUCCUCACUGAGCACGGCUGUGGUUUCAUUGGCCGUGAGAUUGUCCAUCUUCUGGUGACAGAAGAUGCGGCAGAGAGUGUGCUGGUGGUUGAUAAAGUACCUCCUCAAAUGGCGUGGUUAGGACCCAAGCACCAAACUGCUUUCAAGAAUGACAUAGUUACUUUCAAAAGUGCCAAUCUCAUCAACCCAACAAGUGUAGAAAAUGUAUUUGAUCAGCAUUAUGAUUGGGUCAUCAAUGCUGCUGGAGAAACAAAAAUUGGACUGAAUGAGAGCGUCUAUGCUGAAGGAAUCACGAAGCUCUCAGUAAACUGUGCCGAGGCAGCUGCCAGGCACAACGUGGAAAUGUUUCUUGAGAUCUCUGAUGGCCGCAUGAACAGCAGUGAAAAAACGGGAAUGACGGAACUUGACGCCUGCAAGCCUUGGUGCACCGUGAGCUCCUGCAAACGUCAGGUUGAGGAGCGGCUCGAACUCAUCGAGAAUCUGCCGUACGUCAUCCUCAGACCAGGCCUUGUCUAUGGCCCUGGCGAUAAACAUGGACUCGUGAGGAAUUUAGUGAUGGGCGCCGUGUACCGGCAGCUGCAGGAGAAGAUGAAGCUGCUGUGGGACGGCAGCCUCUGCAUCAAUACCGUCCAUGUCACCGAUCUUGCCAGAGCGGCGCUGUUCGUGUGCCGUCUGGGCCAAAGUAAGGAAAUCUUCCACGUCGUUGACGAGGCAAGAUCCACGCAAGGGUCGCUGGCUGAUCUCAUAGCCAAUAUUUUUGCCAUCAAGGUCGAUUACUACGGGUCUGCCGCGUCACAUCUCGCCAAGUUGGACAGCGAGGGGACCGUAGCAGACGCCAACGAGAAGCACCUGCCGCCGUGGGCGAGCCUCUGCAACGAAGGCGCCGUCAGCAACUCGCCCCUGACGCCCUACGUGGACGCCGACGUGCUCAAGGGAUCGCACCUUCACCUCGACGCUACCAAGCUCAGCAAGCUGGGCUUCACCCUCACGGUGCCUCGCCCUACACGCGACCAUCUCGUGCAGAUCCUCGAAGAGCUCGUCGAGCUGAAGAUGUUCCCUCGAACGGCGCUACCCAAGGGUGUUCUCUCUGCUUAGCUCCCUCGAACGGCGCUACCCAAGGGUGUUCUCUCUGCUUAGCUCCCUCGAACGGCGCUACCCAAGGGUGUUCCUUCUGCUUAGCUCCCUCGAACGGCGCUCCUCAAGAACGUUCCCUCGGCUUAACUCCCUCGAACCCUCAAGGGCGUUCCCUCUGCUUCGUUCCCUAGCUCGUCCGUCUUGUCGCUUAUUAACGCUCUCCAAUGUUUGCCAAUUAGCAGGAUUAUUACCAGCACAAACUAAUCAUUCCAAUGAUAUAAUCAAACCAAUUUAGAUAAGAAUCUAAAUUAAAUGACUCUAGACCUGGAAUUGUACUACAUGAUGUUGAAGCUAUUCAUUGGCAGUUCCAGGUUAUUUCCAACGUUUAGUUUCAGGUUAUUUUUUCAUUCCAAUAAAAUUAGGUAAUGAUUCAGUUUGGAAUUGAACGCUAAUGAUGUUUGACUUGGAAUCGUAUUAAAUGUUUAAAGUAUAAAUUGUUGAAAGAAUUCGUUGGAAUUUUAGGAAUUCCAUGGCAAUAUUCAUGGAGCGUAUUAGAAGCGACUUGAAUUUUGUUUGAAAUGAAUGCUAUUUUUUCUAUUGCUUUGAGUGAGAUUUUUACUGUGUUCAAGAGUUAUCGGUAUUAAGCAUACUUAUCGUAGCAUCAUGUCUUGUAGGUUAAAAAUAAUUGAACCAAUCUGGAGAUGUGAUAACCUGUAUUCUUCCAUCAAAUGAUUGCACAAAUAAUAAUUAGUUGUCUUACCAACUGAUGGCACAAAACAUUUAAUGUGAUAUGUACUUGAUUGUUCUUACUAACGAUGAGGGAAUGAAGAGGAUGCGAUACUUGGUUUUCUAAAGAAAUAGUGAUACUUGAUGAAAAAAAUGUGAUGUGAACACGAGGUGAUACUUGUAUGUUCUUUUUGAGGGUGACACGAAAAUUCUGUUAAUUGGGUUGUUUUUCCGCUCCAUUAACUCGGAAUGGAACAGAAUAGUUGAUCAUUGAUGACUAGUAUAAUAAAUUACAUUUAAUUUGAUUAUUAAAUAUAAAAUAUGUGUAUAAUGAUCAAACCGUACGAGUGCAAGAGAUUCGUCGUAGCUGUUCCUGAUCGUGACAAGAGUGCCAAGUAAUUUAUUGUUGAAAGCUAAUAUUCCUUGUUAAUCUUUAAAUUUUCUUUAUGCCUACUUUUUCAAUAGCUUUGCAAGUGAUUCACAAUUAGCAUGUGAUACUUGAUUGCUGUCAAACCAUUUGACGGUAGCAAACAAGAUGUGCGAUGGCGUGACGAUGUUUGGUCAAUGUAACUAAAAUAGGAUUUCCAACGAGUGUUCAAACUAACGAAAAUGAAAAAGCAAUGUGGUUAUAGAUUUUUUUGGUCCCGUUAUAAUAAAUAAUUUAUUAAUCUUACGGGAACGAUGCAGGAGAUUUCUCAUCAUAUUUUCAAAUCUAAAUUCAACGUUAGAUCAAUAUCGUUCUCGGUCCUUGUUAUGAUCAGUGCAUACACUAGCGAUGAGUGCAUAGCGAUGCCUGUGUUGCUGGCAAAUAUAGAAUUAUGACGGAAUAUUUUAUCCUUUCAUUAUUGCUUGCUUAGACUACUGUUUUCUAUACUGUUUGUGUUCGCAUCGUGUAUGGCCUGCUAUACUUCUUAGUUUAUUUUUUCUAUUGCGUGUAUUUGGGAAAUGUUCUACGUGCUAUUAUUAAGAAGCGUUUCUGCUCGAUUGCUCACCAACUAACAUUCCUGCGUUGGCAGUGAAGCGUUAUAGACGUGCCUUGUUUGUCAACAGCUGCCUUCCUCGACUGCCAUGAGUGAUGCCACGUAGAUUAAGAUAUGCACUUAAGUUUGCCCUGGCCUCGUAAAAAGUAUUAUUACUCGCCCAGAAAUAUCUAUAACUGUGUAACGCCGACUUACGUUUAAUGAACACAAUAUUAUGCGCGCAAAUAAUAUUAGUGUAUCAAUAAUAUUUAAUGCGUAGACAUUCGAGGCAAAUCUUUACAAUACAAUAUUUCUUACAGAUCUUUACAAAUCUUUACAAUUUUACAAUAUUUCAUACAUUCAAGUCCUCAAAAGCAGACUCAUGUUUGAACGAAUUUGUUAUGGUCGUGUUUCUCCAAUCCAUUUCUGUCCCUCUUACUUCGAUUGCUUUGAAUUAUUCUGCUUAGCUCCUCUGUGUUCUUUGUCUCUGGGUAGUUCGUGCAUUGUUAGUCCAUUUAUUAUUAACCUCAACGAAUACAAAAUAGAUUUACAGCCUCACCGAGAUGCGGUCUACGCGGUCUUUAGACAGCAACUGCAAUGUGCUGGGUAACUUUCAGUCACUGCAAUGGACAAGUCUAGUGACCUAUGAAAGCUACAUUAAAUGCAUCUGAAAUGGUGGCGAAACAUGUGCUUCACUCGGAAUUUUUUGGCCUGUUGUUUCAGAACAAAAUUACGAGUAUGAUUAAAAUGCGAGGAAUUACACAGUUUUAGGGAAUACGGAUUGUGUUAUUAGACUUUUCAUGGACAUAUGAAUCGAAACAACACCAUCGAAAAUCUCAUGGACUUUUCUUCACAUAUUAUUUUAUUUUGCAUCCAUCUCGUAUCCAGCUGAAUGCUUGUUUGUCUGUUACAGCGAUCAUACAAUAUUUUAUACAACGUUGGUUUCAAGUCGAUUAUCGAGCAAAAGGGUUUUCCCAUUAAUGUAUGGCAUUCUUGAAUAAAAAUUGUAAAAAUUCAUUCAUUUUAAUCUGAUGGCCGAGUGAAUGUUCAGCAGCUCAUUCACUUGAUGAACGCGUGCUCUAUCUGAAUUGAACGACAACGAGAUCACAAAGUAUGUACCAGCAAGCAUUGCUUCUGUUCUCUGAUUGCGCUAAAUGGCCAUGAACAUUUGCAAUGCUCAACUUUAUUAGAGUGAUGCCGGUUGUUCAUAAAUUUUAUGGCUUUAUCGUGAAUAAUUUUUUCAUUCCUGAUUUUGUCACCGUUUCCUUCACUUCGCUUUAUCAAAAUAGUUGGCAUUAGAUUCCUUAGUGAAUAUUUUACAAAAUAAAAAUGCCAGAUAAUCUCUAGAACAAGACUAGAUUUUUCUUAAGUCCCAUAACAAGAGAUAAGUCACAGAUUGGUGUUGAAGAAAAUGGCUUCAAUAAACCACCAAGAUCUGUACAUUGUUAUUUUAAACAAAUGGUCAAUCAUAGUUAACUGUUAAUCAUGACAUGUGUUGCAACUCUGGCCUGGUUGUGAAACAAUUGCUGUGACGUCACGGUAUCGAGCUUCACAGCUGCCGCUUAUAUUUCUGGAUGAUUACGAUGAAAGACAUAGCGUUAAUGUGUUUUCUGUGUGGUAGUUGCCUAAGUUUAAUUCAAGUCUCGAGCAUUUAUCCAGGGUUGUGAUAUGUGGAAUUUCUAGUUCUAAUUUACUUUAAAAUCGCUUUGCUGAUAUAGUAUUUUAAAUCUCACUGUUAGUUAUGAAUCGUGGAAUCUUUCCUAACUUCCGCCUGCGUUCGCUCUUUGUAGCUUUAUUUGUCCGUUCCGUAUUCAUGGAUAUUCAACAAUCCUGAAAACUAAUUUCAUCGCCCUUCAAUGUUACUUCAACUACCGGUCCUGCUGCAUGUGUAAAUACUUUAAUACUUUCAUUCUCCAAUCUGAGUCAAACAUUUUUUCGGACAUGGAAGGAUUAAGCGCUUGUAAACUGGCACCGCUACAAUCAUCGUCCACAUGUUGGUCACCAAUAUAUCGUGUUCAGCUCCAAACCAUGUCAACUCUUCGCUUACAUAUGAACCCUCUUAAAUUUACUGGCAUAUCGCGCAGCGUAGUCUGAUGCACGCUAUGUUUGCUGGUAAUUUCUCCGUUGUAAAUCUUAGUGAACAAUAAAUCGUAUUGUGUUCACUGUCGCGUCGCUCUCAUGGUUGAUAAUACAUUUGCAAUUGAAUUUUAUGUCACUCGUUAUUUGGAUCCCUUGUUUCUUAAUGAUCGCCACGAUCAUAGACGCUGCAAAAAUUUGUACCUUCAAUAUAUUAAAGUAAACAUAAAAAUUAUAUGUGCUUCCUAUAUUAAUAAUAACUUGAGAAAGUAAUUCAUGCUGAUACUUAGCAUGUGUUGAUUCAAUCGUGCCUACAAUUAUGAUUAGCUUCUACUUUUUAAACUAUUAUACCAUUUAUAAUUUAGCGAACCUCUUGUAAUGUUUGCGCUUAUGAAAAUAAACUUAUGAAAUAUU